AUAUGAUUUUACAGAGUGCUAUGCUCUGACCAAACAAAAACUCUCCGUAUCCUUGACUGUCAAAUGGACACAUCAGACCUGGUCAACUUUGAAGUUUUCCUCCAAAGUCUCCCGCAAGCCUACCAUCCAAGGAAACUACAGCCCAUAAUCCUCGCAUCCUCCAAAACCCUACAAAAACACUCAAUUCACAAACAAGCAACCCCAUUCACCUAAAUUCAAAAGCCCGAUUCCAAACAAAAAUGUACGUCACAAGGCCACUCUCCCUCUACUACAACUCCCCAACCGCUGCAGCAGAGCCACCACCCGAAGGGCCGAGCUCCGGUAUACUGGUGGUUAACGAUGAACAGACCACAGAGAAGCGAGCAGCGUGUUGCUGGGGUCUGUUUAAUACCUAUAGGUUGCAUGAUCUGCCGUUUCCACAGAAUAAGAUGAUCGAAGUUCGGUACACUACGAGGCUUGGGCUCUCUCAUCAGACGUAUAGUGAUGACGUUUUCUUUGUUCCCGUGAUUGAUCAACCUCUGUCGUCAAAUCGGUACUAUGUUAUUAGAGCACAUGGAAAGGGAAAGGGGAAAGCUUGCACAUGUUCGAAACAGGAGGGUGCAACGACAUGCUGUUUCUGCACAUUGCCACAUGAUAUCGAGCCUACUACUUUUGAUCACAACGAUAUCUACCAACAAGUUGAGAUAAUCCAAACUCACAGAAAAAGGUUCUAUGCUAAGUCCAUAGCUUCUGAUGGAAUACCUCCACAAUUCUUGAGAACAAGAGGUUGGCGAGCCUAUGCUUUCGAGCCAUCCAACUUCUCUCUAGGCGAAGCCCAAGGUCUAAACUCAAUCCUCCGCAGUCAAAUGCCCGAUCAAUUUUCUUCUUCCACAGUUGUGGGAAAAUGGUACAUCCCUUCCGUUUUUGUCAAGGAAGGUGACGUAUUGAAUGACAAAAUGAGGAAGCCCAUGUUCUAUGAAAUGACUCUAGAGCAAUAUUGGGAAGAGAUAUAUGCUUGUGAAAAUGAUAGUCAUGAAGGAAAUGUUGUGGAGGUGGGUGUUAAUGUUAUAAGAGAGUUUGCAUUGCUGAAUGGGAGGGAAAAUGUGAAGGGUGAUAUUGAGAUGAAAGAUGGAUUUAUAUAUUUUGAGCCUGUUAAUUCAGUAGGGAAUGGUUUAGGAUUGAAUUUGAUCAUAUGGGAGAGGAUGAGAUGGGAGGAAGAGAGAGGAGGUUGGGUGAGUGGCGAGAAGAUGGAGAGGGUGGAAAGAGAGGAGAUUUAUGAAGGGGAGAGGGAGUGGAAGAAGUACGAUUGCUAUUUGUUAGUAGAGAGGUUUGUCCUCAAAAGAAUGAAUGGAAGUGUGGCUUUGACUUGUGAGUUUAAGCACACUAACAAAAUUAGAAGCAAAUGGGUGUGAAUUUAUAACGUUUGGGGAGGCUAAAUGUGAUGGGGAAAGAAUUUGAUAAUUUGAGUGCUUAAUAUGUUACCAUUGUGUUCUUUCCUUUCUUUC